GUCCAGGGUUUUUUGUGAGAAGAUUAAAGUGUAUUUGAACAGUAGCAGGCUAAUAGCAGUGCGAUAAAAAUUGGCGCCAAAAAAAUAUGUCUCUAAUGAAAUGCAGAGGUUUGUUCUAUGGAUGGGUUGCCACAUGGAUCUUGUGCGACAGCCAUGGAAUGUUUGGGUUCCACUGCAGCAUAGUAAAGCGACAUUUUGCUAAUAAAACGCAUCGUUUGGUGCGGUCAGCUCCACGGAUGAGUAGAUGCUGCUCAUGGGGGCCUGCCCAACUAUUUCUGAAAUCGAUUUCGAACUGCAGCUCCUUGAAAGCCAGAAAAUUGAUGACACUUAAUUUGAGACUCCAGGUACCAUGCUUUAACGCCAAUCACAACUCUUUGUUCGGAAAACCCAGCUGCGAUGCAUUCAAAAAGGCGUUGGUGUAUUACAGCCCGUUUGAUCUUUUAUCGUUUUAUUAGUCUCCAAGUUGAAAUGGAAUGGAUCUACUUAAAGUAACCCCAGGACGUAUUGUGCAAAUUCCUUUGCUUCCAGUCCCUCGAGCGCUGCUUCCUCGUCCUCUGUCAGCUCUGUCUCUGAAUUCGCCAUCGUAAUCUCGCCCUCUUCUGCAGUUGUCGCAGCAGACGCAU